GACGUCAGUGGCUCUAACAACACGGAAUAUGGCGGCCAGCUCAGAUCGGAACCCCCCUCCUUUUCCCGCAACAGAGGAUCCAGAACCCGGCUUACCUGACAUGGCAGAUGGGGAUAGCGACGAGGGAGAAGAUAUUUUCGUUAGUAACAGUGCCCCGGUUUCUGUUAGCCGAGGAGUUUCUCAGCCAGAGCGAGUCAGUGAAGAGCCUGCAGAUCUGUUCAGCGAAGAGGCGACCAGCGCCUCAUCUGCCAAGUCCAACGGGGUUCAAUCUGAUGAUGACAAUGAUCUGUUUGCAGAGGCGCAGGCAGAUUUAAGCACAGACAAGUCUGGCAGCUCUUCUCAGAAGCAGCUUUCUGGCCCUCGGCCCGCCUCCUCGUUCUCUCAGAGCCCGGCAGCUUUGCAGCCCACCUCCCUCGAACAGUUGGAGGAGGAAGAGGCCAAGGAUAGUUUUGACGUUGAUGUUGCUGUCACUAACCCCGAGAAAGUUGGAGAUGGCAUGAAUGCAUAUAUGGCCUACAAAGUAUCAACCAGGACUUCCUUGUCCAUGUUUAAGUGUAAGACGUUCUCUGUUAGGAGGCGUUUCAGCGACUUCCUGGGUCUUUAUGAAAAGCUGUCAGUCAAGCAGUCGCUCCACGGCUGUAUCCUUCCACCACCACCUGAGAAGAGUGUCGUAGGAAUGACCAAGGUGAAGGUGGGAAUGGACGACCCAUCGUCAGUGGAGUUUGUCGAAAGAAGAAGAGCAGCUCUGGAGAGAUAUCUUCAAAGAGUGGUGGCUCACCCUCUUUUACUGCAAGAUCCUGAUGUCCGUGAGUUCUUGGAGAGAGAAGAUCUGCCCAGAGCUGUAAACACCCAGGCACUGAGUGGAGCUGGUUUCCUCAAAAUGAUUAACAAGGCAUCGGAUGCUGUCAACAAGAUGACAAUCAAGAUGAAUGAGUCUGACACUUGGUUUGAGGACAAGUUCCAGGAAGUGGAGAAUGAGGAGCAGCAUCUGAGGAAGCUUCAUGCUGUGGUCGACUCCCUCGUCAAUCACAGGAAGGAGUUGUGUGGGAACACGGCCAUAUUUGCCAAAAGUAUGGCCAUGCUGGGAAACUCUGAGGACAACACAGCCCUGUCGCGUGCCCUGUCGCAACUGGCAGAGGUGGAGGACAAGAUGGAGCAGCUGCAUCAGGAGCAGGCAGCUAGUGACUUCUACAUCUUUGCAGAGCUGCUUAGUGACUACAUUCGCCUGCUGGGUGCUGUGCGGGGGUGUUUUGACCAGCGCAUGCGAGCAUGGCAAAGAUGGCAGGAGGCUCAAAGCACACUCCAGAAGAAGAGAGAGGUCGAGGCCAAGCUGCUGUGGGCUAACAAACCCGACAAACUGCAGCAGGCCAAAGAAGAGAUCACUGAGUGGGAGGCGAGGGUUACUCAGUUUGAGAGAGACUUUGACAGGAUUGGGAUGACUGUACGCAAAGAGGUUCUUCGAUUUGAGAAAGAAAAGGCUAAGGACUUCAAGAGCCAAAUAAUCAAAUAUUUGGAGGCGAUGUUGCAGUCUCAGCAGCGGCUUAUAAAGUUUUGGGAAGCAUUCCUACCUGAGGCGAAGGCAAUAGCUUAAAGCAGGAAGCGGGAGAUUGUCCUUUUUUUUAAGAACCCAACUGCCUUUUUGAACACUUUACCUCUUUACCAGGAGCUGAGAGGAUGAUUUUGAAACACACAAGAAACUUCCAUCCAUUUUUCUUUUACUUUUUAAUUACAGUAUAUUCUUUUAUCUUGUACAAAACUUUGAUAUAAUAAGCUACCAUAUUUACACAACAUGUCUUUAACGUAAUUCUUUGUUUUUGUUCUCGAUGUAAAGAUGGUAUAAAGCAAAGUUCCAGCUGAGAUUAACCUGUGAAACUCACUGUCUUGUCAGUGGACUAUGUAUUUGUUUCUUUAUUAAACCAGUAAAUUCUAGUGUUAAUAUCGAGGUACUGCCAUAUUUAACAUUGUCUAUAGUUUACAUGAGAUGCCAUUCCACUCUAACAGAUGUUAAUGUCUAGUUGUCAUAAGGUUUUGAUGCACUAAGUGAGAUGGCAACAGAUGGAAAAGACUGUUUUGUUUGUUUUUACUGAAACACCAUUAUUGAUGACUGAGGUAAUAUAUCAAAAGUAUUAACACAUUAAGUAUCGCACAGUACAGUUUGGAUAGUAAAAAUCAUUACUGUACAGAUUUAAAAAGGUUACAGACUUCUCAAAAGUUUUUACAAAAUGAUGAAACAAUUGUAAAGUUACAGUAAGUGCAAGCUGAUAAUGCAAUCUUUGUUGGUAUUUUCUAUGAUUGUAUAUUUACCGGAGCUUUUGUAUUACAUAAACCUGUAUACUACACUUUUAUGUGUGUAUACUACACGUUUAUGUAUUCAUCCGUUCCUUCCACAGUUACUUUUAUUUUGUGUCAGAUACUGAGGCCCAAAGCGAGCUAAAUGAAAACUACUGAGAGAUUGUUUACAACCUGCAUGAAGUAAAGGAUUCUUGACAAGCACAUGUGUGCAUUCCUUUAAACGAAAUCAUAGAAAUCCUGUUGUUUUGAUUUGAUCCUGUUUUGAUUUUUUUUUUUUUUUUUGAUAAAUUGGUUCAACAUUGAAAUGUCAACAGAAGUUCAAAUGAUAUGAUCCCUUGUUUUCAAAAUAAAUUGUAGUUAUUCUGUCAUGUCAUAUUUACGUAAGAAUGUGCUUUAUUUUUGUAACCACUUUGCAUUAGCUGAUACAUUUUCCUGUAAAUGUUAUACAGAUUAAUGCACAAAAUAAAUGAUUGAUUACA